AUGGGAAUUUGCAUUUCUGUUGAGGGUAAUGAUGUCUAUGAACCGACUGCCAACGUUAUCUUAAUGGACGGGGGCAUUCAGAAAUUCUCAGGUCCAGUCAAGGUUGAAGAGAUAUUGAAGAACAAUCCGGGUCAUUUUGUUUUUAGCUCUGAUGGUCUUUACAUUGGGAAAUUUAUAUCAGAGAUUCUUCCUCAGGAAGAACUGCAGAUUGGGCAGCUAUAUUUCGUUCUUCCUCGAAAGAAAUUAGGGAGAGGUCCAGAAGAUAAGAAAAAGAAUGUGAAGGCAGAUGAGAAGGGGAAAAUGAAAGUUGAAGAGAUCAGAGAUCAAAUGAAGAAAAAAUGGGUUAAAAAGACCAAUGAUGAUCCAGGAAGUGGGUCCGCACCUGAUUCUGGUGCUAGAAUCUCAUCCGAUAACCAAGCUAAGGCAUUCGACCUUGGGGGAAGAUAUCACGAAAAUCUUACAAAGCCCCUAUUUGAGAUUUGUGCCUAA